AUGACCCUCUUCACAGCCACUGCUCUCGCUCUUGCUGCCACUUCGCAGCUCGCUUCUGGUUACGCCAUCAAGAGUGACGGUGUUAACUGUCGCUCUGGACCUGGUACCAGCUACGGCGUCGUUCGCUCAUACAGCAGCAGCGACGACGUCACUCUCUCGUGCCAAACUUCUGGCGAGACUAUCAAGGGCGACUCCCUCUGGGACAAGACCCAGCACGGUUGCUAUGUCGCUGACUACUAUGUCAAGACUGGCAGCAGCGGCUACGUCACUACGAAGUGCGAUUCCGCUGGUGGCGGAUCCACCGGCGGCGGCGGCUCUACUGGUGGCGGCUCUUCGAACGGAUACUGCAAGAGCGUCAACGCUGCUGCACUCAACAUGAUCAAGGAGUUCGAAGGUUUCGUCAAGAGCCCGGCUCCCGAUCCCAUUGGUCUGCCUACCGAGGUCAAGUACGGCUUCCCGCUGACCCAGGCCACUGCUGAGGCUCUGCUCAAGGACGAUAUCCCCAAGUACACCUGCCUGGGCAACUACCUGAACGGCAAUGUCAAGCUCAAUGACUACCAGUGGGGUGCGCUGGUGUCGUGGGUGUUCAACGUUGGCUGCGGCGGAGCCAAGUCAUCGAACCUGGUCAAGCGUCUGAACGCUGGUGAGAACCCGAACACUGUCAUUGCCGGCGAGCUGCCCAAGUGGAACAAGGCUGGUGGCCGUGUUCUGUCUGGCCUGACGCGCCGCCGCAACGCCGAGGUCAAGCUUGCCCAAACUCCCACCAACGCUCAGGCCUACCCUAACUGCUCGUGAGCAAAAAAUAUC